ACCAGAUCUAUCUGGCCUCUGUACAAAUUUGGGUUCUCUUUAUCCUGAUUUCUUCUUUGAAUUCGAGCUCGUUUUCUCUCUUGACAUUAUUCUGCAAGUGUACGGAUCGCCUGCUUUCCAGGAUUUCCUUUUUAUACUGCUGCAUUCUGGAUUGAAGCCGCUGGAUGGAUUCCGACACAAUUCACAGUGCAUCACUCAUCGACCAAUGAAGCUGGGGUUUUAGUUUUGUAAUCUGUUUGAUUUCACGCAAUGCGAAUUUGGAAUUAGGGUUUUUAAGUGGAAAACCCAAUGCCGGUUUGGUGUUUUGAAAGUUCCUUGUUGCUGUCUUGAUAGAUCUUGGUUUGGACAAUGCAGAGCUCGUCGAGCUCCAUGGCGCAACCAGAGGCCAUAUUAGAGUGGCUGCAGAAGGAGAUGGGCUAUAGGCCUCUGGGUCCGUACAGUUCCUCGAGCAAGUCGCAGUUGCCGUCCAUUGAGGUUCUUCGGAAGAUUUGCAGAGGCAACAUGAUACCCAUUUGGAACUUCUUGAUAACAAGAGUGAAAUCGGAGAAAACUGUGGAGAAUAUCAGGAGAAAUAUAACUGUGCAUGGUGGUGGUGACACUGCCAAUUUGGUGAACUUGGGGAAGGAGGGGGGGAGAACCAAAGGUAGGAAGAAGGAGAAGGUGGUAGGGGUAGGAGAGGGUUCAAGUGCAACAGAGAUCAGGGAGGCGGCCCUGAGAGAGAGGGAAGCGGCAGCAAAGGAGGUGGAAAGGCUGAGGAAUAUAUUGAGGAGGCAGAGGAAAGAUUUGCGAGCUAGAAUGUUGGAGGUCGCAAGGGAGGAAGCUGAGCGCAAGAGAAUGCUCGACGAACGGGCCAAUUACAGGCACAAACAGGUGAUGUUGGAAGCUUAUGACCAACAAUGUGAUGAAGCAGCAAAAAUAUUUGCAGAGUAUCAUAAACGUAUUCAUCAGUAUGUCAUUCAAGCUAGGAAUGCUCAGAGGUCAUGUGGUGACUCUUCAGUUGAACUGGUAAACAGCUUCACUGCAACGACUGAAAAGGAAGCUGUAUAUUCAACUGUUAAGGGUGCUAAAUCUGUGGAUGAUGUCAUUCUUAUUGAAACAACACGGGAAAGAAAUAUCCGGAAAGCAUGUGAAUCUCUUGCAGAGAGAAUGAUUGAAAAAAUACGUAAUUCUUUUCCUGCUUAUGAAGGAAGUGGUAUCCAUUCAAGUCCUCAAUUAGAAGCUGCCAAGUUAGGCUUUGAAUUUGAUGGUGAGAUUCCUGAUGAAGUUAGGACUGUUAUCAUAAAUUGUCUCAAGAGUCCUCCUCAAUUGCUUCAAGCAAUUACUGCAUACACAGUACGGCUGAAAACUUUGAUAUCCCGAGAAAUAGAGAAAAUUGAUGUUAGAGCUGAUGCAGAAACCCUAAGGUACAAGUUUGAGAACAACAGAGUAAUGGAUAUCUCUUCUCCAGAUGUGAGCUCACCAAUAAACUUUGAACUUAAUGGUAAUGGGAAGAUGGGGAUGGAUGUACCUUCAAGAGGAACUCAAAAUCAACUUCUUGAGAGACAGAAAGCGCAUGUUCAACAAUUUUUAGCCACUGAAGAUGCGCUCAACAAAGCUGCAGAAGCUAGGGACUUGUCUCAAAAGCUUAUAAAACAUUUCCAUGGAAGCGGUGAUGUUGUUUCGUCACACUCACUUGUUGGAGGCACAACACAAAAUGUUGGUAGUCUUAGGCAAUUUGAGUUGGAGGUUUGGUCCAAGGAGAGAGAAGCUGCUGGAUUAAGGGUGAGCUUAAAUACAUUGAUGUCUGAAAUACAGCGCUUGAAUAAGUUGUGUGCAGAGAGGAAAGAAGCUGAAGAUUCUUUAAGAAAGAAGUGGAAGAAGAUUGAAGAGUUUGAUGCUCGCAGAUCUGAACUUGAAACAAUAUACACAGCUCUUCUAAAGGCUAACAUGGAUGCAGCUUCAUUCUGGAAUCAGCAGCCAUUAGCUGCAAGGGAGUAUGCUUCCAGCACUAUUAUUCCAGCAUGUAAUGUUGUUGCAGAUAUUUCAAAUAGUGCAAAAGAUCUUAUUGAUAAAGAAGUUUCUGCAUUCUAUCAAAGUCCUGAUAACAGCCUCUAUAUGCUUCCAUCAACCCCACAGGCACUUCUGGAGUCCAUGGGUGCUAAUGGAUCUACUGGACCUGAAGCUGUUGCUGCAGCAGAGAAGAAUGCUGCUUUGUUGACUGCAAGAGCUGGUGCUAGAGAUCCAUCAGCAAUUCCUUCCAUAUGCCGUGUUUCUGCUGCUCUUCAGUACCCUGCUGGCUUGGAAGGUUCAGAUGCUGGUCUGGCAUCAGUAUUGGAAUCUCUGGAGUUCUGUUUGAAACUUCGUGGUUCUGAGGCUAAUGUGCUGGAGGAAUUAGCAAAGGCUAUCAACUUGGUUCAUGUCCGCCAGGAUCUUGUUGAAAGUGGUCAUGCGUUAUUGAAACAUGCUUACCGUGCCCAGCAAGAAUAUGCCAGGACUACCAAUUAUUGUUUGAGUUUGGCGGCUGAGCAAGAGAAAAUUGUCAUGGAAAAAUGGCUACCUGAACUUAAAACUGCAGUUUUAAAUGCUCAAAAGUGCUUGGAGGACUGCAAAUAUGUCAGGGGUUUGCUAGACGAAUGGUGGGAGCAACCUGCUGCUACUGUUGUAGACUGGGUUACAGUUGAUGGGCAAAAUGUUGCUGCUUGGCAUAAUCAUGUGAAGCAACUUCUUACAUUUUAUGAUAAGGAGGUCUUGUGAGGAAAGAAUUUGACCAUUCUGAUGCUGUGGAAUGUGUCCAAUUUACCUUGGAUUGCAUACAUACAUCUUACCAGUUACCUCUUGGUGUAGAAGAUUAUCUACCAUUUCAGCACUAUACAGAACAUUAGACACUGUUGGAGGUGCAAGUGAAUGCAUCUCUUGAGAAUUAUUUAAAAUGGUGGGGGUUGGAAAACAAGGUUUGCAUGCACCAGAGGCAUUUAUUGAGGAAAUCCGCGCAGCUUUCUCGGAACUUGAGGUACAGCUAGAUUGAUCUUUCAUCCUUUUCCCCAUAACUUUGUUCAAAAAUGGUUUUUGCUUUAAUAAUCUCCUUGUAUAAUAGGUGACCUUUUGGUCUAUUGUUAAAUAGUUUCUAUGUAUUGUAUUUCUGUUGUGUUGUUUGAGGGUUGAUGGAAUGCCAUUGAAGGGCUCUCUGAACUCAUCAUUUCUCUUUGUAGUACUAUUCUUCUACCAUUUGACAUGCUCUAAUUGAAUUAACAUCAGCUUGUUGC